AUGGAUUACGCCUCUCAGCUCGACACCUUCGUGGAGCGGCUCGCCGCUGCCGGAGAUGACUACAACGAGGCUCAAUCCAUUCUUCUGGAGCUCUUAGACAUGAUAGAGGCCUUUAAUGGCGCCAGCGAGUAUGCCUACUUUCUCAAGAACCUAGUGCCCAUAUUUCUUCAAAAACUCGAGCUGGUGCCCAUCAAAUUUGUCAGCACGUGUCCCGAACACAAACUCCGAAACCUUAUCUUGGAGAUCAUCCACCGGCUGAUCAUGACAGAGACGUUUGAGCCGUAUUCGCAAGGCAUCUUGACCUGUUUGACGAAAAUACUCCCCGAGGAGAACGAAGACAACGGUGUGUUGUGUUUGAAAAUAGUUUCCAGUUUACAUAAGGCAUAUAAGACCACUUUAUCCGAGCAAGUUGACCCGUUCCUUGCGAUUAUUGAUACUGUUUAUGACAACUUAGACCAGACAGUGAAGGACGUCUUUGCGCGCGGGGGCGCUGUCGAUGCAGCUGAAGCCGAGUCGGACGGUGAAGCCGGAGAUGAUGACACCGGGAAGCUCGCGUCGUUCGUAGAUGAGGAGAAGGAGAAGUCCAAGACAAUGAACCAUGCCAUGCACUCAUUCAAAGUGCUUGCCGAGUGUCCCAUCACUAUGGUCUCUUUAUACACAUCGUACAAACAUCUUGUGCAAAAGUCUCUCCCCACAUUUCUUCCAAAAAUCAUUCACACCCUUAGCUUAGAGGUUGAGCAGCAGCGUCUUUUCCGUGAAGAACAACUCAAAACCAGCUCUGCCGUAACAGCCAUUCUGCCCCUAAUCACCAACCGCCAGGCAUAUUCGGACUUCAUCUUGGGCCAGGUGAAGGCCGCUUCGUUUCUUGCGUACGUCUUCAUCCGUGGAUACACCAACCAGAGCACGAACAACGAGAAGGCUGUUAUCCCUGACGUAAUUUUACGUUUGCUUCAAGACUGCCCUGCAGAACUUUCGGUGGCCAGAAAGGAGCUUCUUCAUGCCAUCAGACACAUUUUAUCCACGCCCUUCCGUGCCAACUUUGUUCCUAAAAUUGAGCUUCUUUUCAACGAAAAAAUCCUCAUCGGUGACGGUCUCACCUCAUACGAGACUUUGCGCCCAUUGGCAUACUCUACCGUUGCGGAUUUCAUCCAUAACGUGAGAAAUGAACUCACUCCAAAGCAGAUCUGGUCAACUGUGGAAAUCUAUUGUGGACUUCUCAAAGACGAGUCACUCGCGUUGACAGUUCAAAUCAUGAGUGCUAAGCUUCUUCUAAACCUCGUGGAUAAAAUUAUGAAAUUGACUCCGAAAUUGAAAGGUAGACAAUUGUUCAUGAUGAUUAUUGACUCCUACGCCAAGCGCUUCAUGAGUCUCAACCGCAAAUACGACUACAUUCUCAAGAAGCACAAACAAUACGAAAAAAGCAGUAAGGCCAAAGAAUUAGAAGCCAGUCUUGCAAUUAAGAGAUACACCUCCUCGAUCGAAGAGCCUCAACUAGCUGAAAUCAGUUCUCCUCCUGAGGAGAGUCUGGAGGAGAUAACUCAAAUCGAAAUUGACACUGAGCUGCCUCCGGAAGACAUUUUCAGUCUUGAGGAUAUGUCUCCAAUUUGUGUCACCCUGACAACAAAUAGCUCUGAUUCACUUAAAGACGCCCGCUAUUUGUUCCGUACAUUAAUGUCAUUUCUUAAGGCAGUUAUUUUCGGUUUGAAGAAGUGCAACCCAACCGCGCCUUCCACCAUUCCAACUGAUGAAUCUGCCGCUGGUCAAGAAAUCAACGGUGAAAAACGCAAUGACUCAGCUAAACUAAUUUGCCUCGAAGAAAUAAAUAUUCUUAAGAGUUUCUUCCGCGGCGGAAUUAGCUGCCUCAGGUUUUUCCUGAUUUCAAAACCUAAGCCAGGUACUCAACAAAAGACGUUCGAUUUCUCUGCUGGCGGACCGAACUUCCCUAUAACGUCUUCAAAAGAGGAAAAGGAUUUGAUGGAAAUCUUUGCUACCAUCUUCAUUCAUAUCGAUCCUGCCUCAUUUAAUGAAAUUGUGACCGACGAACUCCCAUUCAUGUUUGAUUCUAUGCUUGAAAAUGCUGCUUUGCUUCACUUGCCCCAAUUCUUUUUGGCUAGCGAGGUGACCUCUGCUAACUUCUCUGGUAUUCUCAUUUCAUUCCUUCGUGCAAAGCUCGACCAGCUUGAUAAAGUUGACUUUGUCAAGUCAAACAUUCUCAUAAGACUUUUCAAACUUUGUUUCAUGUCGGUAAACUUAUUCCCGAACACAAACGAGAGUGUCAUCUUACCUCAUGUCAACUUUCUCAUUCUAGAAUCGCUUAAAUUGAUCACGAAAGCAGAGGAGCCUAUCUUGUACGCUUACAUCGUACGUACUUUGUUCCGCAGCAUUAGUGGUGGCAGAUUUGAAAGUCUCUAUAAGGAAAUCUUGCCAAUUUUGCCAGUUGUCUUGGCAAGCUUGAACAAGCUUAUAGCAAAUUCACAAAGAAGUUAUGAGCGCGACUUUUACGUUGAGCUUUGCUUGGUUGUCCCAGUUCGGUUGUCCGCAUUGGUGCCACAUCUCAAGUAUUUGACUACUCCAUUAGUUUACGCGCUCAAUGGAUCACAGGAACUCGUAAGCCAGGGUUUACGUAUUUUUGAGCUAUGUGUUGACAAUUUGACUGCUGAGUACUUUGAUCCAAUGAUUGCAUCAGUCGCUGACCAAAUCAUGGCUGCCCUCUGGCGUCAUUUGGAACCUGUUCCGUACCACCACCAGCACUCUCAUACCGCAAUUCGUAUUUUGGGUAAGUUAGGUGGCAGGAAUCACAAGCACUUGAAACCCUACAAUAAAUUGCAACCCGAAUCGGCAUUGAACCAAGAGGUCAAGGCGCUAUUCAAUGUUCAUGGCUUGAAUGGUAAAGUUCCCCUUUCAAUCACACCAGGAGUGGAGUCAGCUAUUAAACUCAUUGAAGAUCCUCGUUUGAAGGCUCAUUACCGUACAAGCGCAUAUCAUUAUCUUUCCAGUAUCCUCAAGCUCUUUAUCGAUACUACUCCCAUACCAAGUGACUACGCUCAUUUCAUCAAAACUCAAGUAGAGCUCCUCAAACAAGACGAAUUUACCGAAUUUCCAUCACUUGAAGAGACUGGUUUGAAGGAUGCAGCCAAACUUGAACGUCAACAACAGCUAUUCUCUAGGUUGCUUGAAGUCUUGUUUUUCUCAUUGUCAAUCCCAGAAGUGGCUGAGAAUGCAAGUCUCUUAAUCGAUAAUUUGACCACUCAUUUUGUUCUCAUCCACUUGCACACUUCUGUUAUCCAAAAAGUGAAGAAAGAUCGUCCAUUUUCUGUUAAGGAUCAAGAAGGCAAGGCCUACCUUAGUGAAUACGUUUUCUUCAAUGCCUUGAAUUACGCAUUGAGUUCUUGGGACAAGCUGGUCAGACAAAAGGGAAUUGACACCAUAAAAAACAUCUUCAAGAUUUCUGUCACAUUAUUCGGCAAUGCAGAAGAUGCUUUGCAUUCACCUUUAUUCCGCACAAUGUUCUACAAGUUCACUCAUUGUUGCUACAGUGAAUACUAUCAUUACAAACUCGGCGGUGUUCUUGGAUUAGAAACUAUGUUCAAUGAAGUGGAAAUACCCCCAUCAUGGUUUUACAAACGUCAAUUUGAACUCAUUCGUUCCUUGUUUUUCAUCCUAAGAGACACACCCGAAACGGCUCCAUUUGAGGUUUGCGAGUUAGCACAGAACCUUGCACUUAAUGUUCUUGAAAAGUGUAAUACCAAACUCAGCAAAGAAACUAUUCUUGAGAAACCUUUCCAGACUUUGGUAGGAGCAUUGAGUUACGAUUUAGCCAGUGCUGUUCCGAUUGUCAGGGAAGUUUCUCGCAAGGCGCUUCAAGUUUUGUCUGAUACUACUGGAGUCUCCGUGGCCACCAUAAUGGGUCCUUCCAAGCAUUUGUUGCUUACACCUAUUUUUGGUAAGCCAUUGCGUGCUCUUCCAUUUCCUAUGCAAAUCGGAAACAUUGAUGCUAUUACCUAUUGUUUGGGUCUUGAAGAUACAUUUCUUACCUUCAAUGAUGAGCUUAAUAGAUUACUUCUCGAAGCCCUUGCUUCUGUCGAUGCCGAGGACGAAUCAUUGGCAAAUGUUCAUCGUCUUUACGAAUAUCGUACCUCCAAGCAGUUGAUUGAGCUCAGAGUGGUUUGCAUUCAACUUUUGACACUUGCGUUGACAAAGCCUGGCUUUUCUCUCGGAACAUUGUCCGAGGCUCGUAUCAGAAUCUUAGGCGUGUUUUUCAAGGCCUUAUGUAACAAGUCCACAGAAAUUAUCAAUGCUGCGCAUCAAGGUUUGAAAACAAGUCUUGAUGAAAGUGCUAAACUUCCCAAAGAGUUGUUGCAAAACGGUCUCCGUCCAAUGUUGAUGAAUUUGUCUGAUCACAAGAAAUUGACUGUUUCGGGAUUAGAGGCCUUGGCACGUCUUUUGGAGCUUCUUAUUUCGUAUUUCAGAGUGGAAAUUGGUCGGAAAUUACUCGAUCAUUUGAUGGCUUGGGCUCAAAUCAACACUUUGAGACUGAUAGCCGGGCAGGAUUUGGAGAAUAACCACACUGUUCAGAUCGUGAUGGCUAUUCUCAACAUCUUCCAUUUAUUGCCACCUAAAGCAUAUUCGUACAUGGAGGAGAUCAUCAACACUUUGCAAUACCUAGAGGGCCAUUUAGACAGACACCAAAACUCUCCAUUCAGAAAACCAAUCCUUAAGUUUUUGAACAGAUUUGCUGAGAACUGCUUGGAAUACUAUCUUGCCAAUUUCCAGAAUAGAAAACUCGGAAACAUGUUGGCAUACUUUGCAGGUGCUCCUGAUGGGCCAAGAAUUAGAGAGGUGGCAAUAACAAAAAUGGAUUCCAUCGUUCUUGAUGUUGAAAAUGAACUGCCUAGCGAUGUGAAGAUUACAAAGUUUGCUAAUACAAUUGAUUUGGUGGGAGCUAUACUCAAGUACGAACCUGACUGGUUCAAGAACCAAGCUCCUUUACUUAAGAAGUUGACUUCUCUACUCCAAAGUGUUGUUGAGAUUAAAUCAACUUUGGAGCUAGAAUCGAGUGCUCAUCUUCAAGCAGAGCAAGCUAUAAGUAAACUUCAAACCGUCAUAGUUGACUUUUUGCGCGUUAACCCCGAGGAAAAAGACAUCUUGUUCCACAUGGUGGACUCAUUGGCCUCGUUGGAUCUUAAAAUCCAGGCUGAUGUGGAGGACUACAUUUUCAAGAGUAUCGUUGUUUCUGAUGAUGUAUCAAUGAAGCAAGACUAUAUGAGUCGCUGUGUUGACUUCAUUCUGGGUGACACGAAGCUUAAGUCGAAAACUUUUUUCCUCAAAAGACUCUUUGACCUCAUUCUUUUGCGUCAAAUUUCUCUAACAGGUAAUGCCGAUGAUCUCUUCGGGGGUGAUUGGCUCACAAAAUUCUCGGAUCAGUUCUGGAAAUCAGCGAAUGACAUCAUCACAGACCGUACCUCUGGUAAGAAUGAUACUUACCGUUUUGCUCUAUUGGAAACCACAUCAAUCCUUCUUCGCUGGUGUCCUACUAAGAUUGAUGAAUACAGGAAAGACAUCAUCAAAUUCUCGUGGAACUACAUUAAACUUGAAGACAGCAUUACGAAGCAAGUUGCUUAUGUGACUACCGCGUACUUCAUUGCGGCGUAUGAGACACCACCUCAACUUGCAACCCAGGUGUUCGUUGCUUUGCUUCGAACACACCAGAAUGAUUGCAGAAACUUGGUCAGGCAAGCCCUUGAUAUUUUGGCCCCAGUCAUGUCAUUACGUUUGGUGGAUGGCGAAUCGCCCAACAGCUGGUUGAAAUGGCCUCGGCGUGUUCUCUCUGAGGACGGGUUUAACGUCACUCAAGUUCUCAAUGUUUAUCAGUUCAUCAAGCAGAACCCUGACCUAUUCUUCGUGGCUCGGGAGCACUUCAUUUCCAACAUCAUUACUGCCAUGGGUAAGUUGACCAUCUUAGCGAAUGCAGCUCUAGAAAAUCAAGUCUUAGCAAUUGAUCUAGCCGAAUUGAUUCUCAGUUGGGAGAAUAGAGCCAACGAAUUGAAAAAGCAAAAGAAGGUGACGGAAAUUCCAGAGGAAGAUGCAAUGGAAACAGAUGACAACGAGCCAAACAAGGAAUCAAUCAGCAAUGCGGAUUUCGGAACUGCUGAAGAUUACUCUGUGCCUUUCGGCCAACGUGAAGCUUGUAUCACUUUUUUGAUUAGAUACGUGUGCAUCAGUCCUCAGAGAGCAUCUGAGAGUGAAUUAGGACAGAAAGCUUUGGGAGUAUUGUACGAUUUGUUAAGCCCUGAGCACUGGCAGGAUGUCACUGUGAAGGUUACCUUCUUCGAGAAGUUCUUGCUUUCUAAUGACCUCAACUCGUCCAACCUUCUAGGCUACUGUCUCAAUGCUUUGGAGGUUCUUGGUGUUGUCCUUGAGUGGAAGACCCCAGAGUGGAUUAUGUCAAACUUAGACUACCUCCACAAGCUUUUGGAGAAGUGCAUCAAGUCGGAGAACCACGACAUUCAAGAGGUUCUCCAGAGAAUUUUACGUCUCAUCUUGAGAGCAAUCAAUGUUCUGGAAGCAAAUGCUGCUACCGAGGUGGAGGAAGAGUCCGAUGAUUCGGACGCGAAAAACUUUGUUGGACUCUUGACUACAACCGUUUCUGACAACUUGAGUGAUACAACCUCUUUGGCUGCUGGCGUGACACUCGCAUGGACAUUAGCGAAUUACAGGCCAGCAACUCUUGAUCUGCUUCUACCACUGAUCAUGAAGACAUUCAACAAAUUGUGCAAAGACCACAUAGCAAUAACAAACCAACCUUCGCAAGCCGCCAAAGACUCUUCUAGCUCCGGCGAUGAAGCAAAGAUGACCACGAAGUUGUUGGAGAAAAUUUUCAACCUAUGCGCCAUGCGUAUCUCCAGUUUGGGUGACCAAAGAAGAAUUUUCUUGUCUCUUCUUGCCCAAUUGAUUGACAAAUCCUUGGACAAACACACACUUGAAAAGAUUAUCAAGAUCGUUAAAGCUUGGGUUUUUUCACGUACUGACUUGUUUCCUACUACUAAGGAAAAAGCAGCUAUACUUGCAAAGAUGAUGGUGUUUGAGAUAAGAGGCGAACCAACACUUCUGAAAGAGUUCUAUCAGAUCAUAGUCGAUAUCUUUGAGGAUGAGUCUUUCAGCUGCACCGAAUUGACGGUAAGAAUGGAACAUCCAUUUUUGGUGGGUACGCGCUCUUCAGAGGUGUCUAUUCGUCGCAAAUUGAUGUCUAUUCUUAAUCAAAGUUUGGAAAAGGAUAUCAGCAAACGCCUCUACUAUGUAAUUAGAGAGCAAAACUGGGAGUUUUUAGCCGACUAUCCAUGGUUGAACCAAGCAUUGCAACUUUUAUUUGGGCUGUUUGAUAUGAAUGAGCGUAUUGAGCUUACUGAUGAGGAAAACAAAUUGCCACCUCUUCGGGAGCAUCGGAAAGAUGAAGAUAGAGAAGAAGAAAAGCUCGAAGAGAAUAUUGAUGAAGACUCAAUGGAUGUUGACACUGACAGCUCGGAUUUGAACAACCUCCUUGCAGUUCACCAGAAAUUCCUCACUGAAGUUGCACUGAUAACCGCAGCUGCUAUUCUUGAGCCCCUCAUCGAUUUGUUUUAUCAAAGCACCGAGACAGUGCAUCGUUUAUGGACAUGCGUCUUCCCUCUUGCUUUCCAGUCAAUUCCACGGUCUGAGCACUUAGACUUCACUCGCUGCUUAGUCGUCUUGCUUUCGAAAGACUAUCACACUCGCCAGGUUGAUAUGAGACCCAAUGUUGUCCAGAUGAUUCUCGAAGGAGUAUCCAAAUGCAGUGAGCUUCAACUUCCACCUGUUGCUAUUGAAUGCUUAACAAGCAAUUUUAACGCUUGGGCUCAAGGAAUGCAGAUAUUAGAGAAUAUCGAAGAACUGUCCGUGAACGGAAAUGCAGAUGUUCGCGAGGUCACUCAAGAUGCGCUUUGCAAACUUUAUACAACUCUUAAGGAGGACGAUAUGUUUUACGGUUUAUGGAGACGGAGAGCAAAGUAUGCCGAAACCAUAUCUGCUCUUUCGCACGAGCAAAUUGGAUCCUGGCAGAAAGCUCAGCAACUUUACGAAAAUGCGCAGAUCAAAGCUCGCAGUGGGGCAUUGCCUUACAGCCAGUCAGAAUACUCAUUGUGGGAGGAUCAUUGGAUUCUUUGCGCCGAGAAGUUGCAGCAAUGGGAUAUCCUCACAGAACUCGCAAAACAUGAAGGUUUCUCCGAUCUCUUGUUGGAAUGUGGUUGGCGUGUUGCUGAUUGGAAUGCCGAUCGUGAUACACUAGAGCAAACUGUCAAGAGCGUGAUGGACGUGCCUACCCCUCGUCGUCAAGUCUUUGAGACUUUCUUGUGCUUGCAAGGUUUCGGUCAGAAGAAGGAGACAUUGCAAGAUCUCUCCAAACUCUGUGACGAAGGAAUUCAGCUUGCAUUAAAGAAAUGGCAUGGUCUCCUGCCAAAGUUUGGUGACGCACACAUUCCGUUGCUUCACGUCUUCCAGCAAUACGUUGAAUUCAUGGAGGCAAGUCAAGUGUACGCAAGUUUGGUUUCAACAGAUGCACAAAACUUGGAUGUGAAAUCACAAGAGCUCAAGAGAGUGUUGCAAGUGUGGAGAGAAAGAUUACCGAAUACUUGGGAUGAUAUCAACAUUUGGAAUGACCUUGUGACUUGGAGACAACACGCUUUCCAAGUAAUAAACAAGGCAUACAUGCCUUUUAUUCCAAUGUUGCAAUCAAAUUCCGACGGAAAUGCCAACUCACAUGCUUACAGAGGUUUCCACGAAAUCGCAUGGGUGAUCAAUCGUUUUGCUCAUGUUUGCAGAAAACACAAUAUGCCUGAGGUCUGUGUGAACCAACUCACAAAGAUUUAUCAAUUACCGAACAUUGAGAUCCAAGAAGCUUUCUUGAAAUUGAAGGAGCAAGUUAAGUGCCACUACCUGAAUCCUAACGAGCUCAAUACUGCCUUGGAUGUCAUUAGAAACACCAACUUGGUUUAUUUUGCUACACAGCAAAAGGCAGAGUUCUUCACUCUCAAGGGUGUGUUCUUGAGUAAAUUGAAUCAAAAGGAGGAAGCCAAUAAAGCAUUUGCCACAUCAGUGCAGAUUGAUCUCAAUUUGCCCAAAGCUUGGGCUGAGUGGGGUGUGUUUAACGACAAGCGUUACAAGGAAAAUCCAAAUGACUUGGUUUAUGCUAACAACGCAAUUUCGUGCUACUUGCAAGCUGCUGGGCUUUACAAGAAUGGCAAGACUAGAAAGCUCUUGGCCCGUAUUUUGUGGCUUAUAAGUCUCGACGAUGCAUCCGGAACUUUGGCUCAAGCAUUUGAAAACUUUAAGGGUGAAGUUCCUGUUUGGUAUUGGAUUACUUUCAUUCCUCAGCUCCUUACGUCAUUGUCUUACAAAGAAGCCAAGUUGUCUCGCCAGAUUCUUAUAAGGAUUGCGAAGAGCUUCCCACAAGCAUUGCAUUUCCAACUCAGAACAACUAAGGAGGAUUAUGCCGCUAAACAACGUCAAUUUAUGGAGUUGAACAGACUGAAGAGCGGUGCAAGUGCCUCAAGUGAUGCAAAGGAUGAAGGCGAAGAAGUCAAAAAUGAGUUGUCAGAGGAGAGCAAAAAGGAUGAGGACAGUAUUAGCAAAGAAAACGACGCUGGUGAUGCUUCAGAAAAUGGCAAAUUACCAGGGGCUAGCAGCGCUGUCCGUCGCUCAUGGGAGUAUGUGGAUGAGAUUAUGGGAAUACUCAAAACCGCUUAUCCACUUCUUACUCUCUCUCUUGAGUCAUUGGUGGACCAAAUCAAUCAACGAUUCAAGUGCACAGCAGAUGAGGAUGCUUACCGUUUGGGAGUUGCUUUGCUCAAUGAUGGUGUUCAAUAUCUCAACAGAAUUGGCAACCCUCGUGAGGAUGCUAAGUUGCCGCAUGUCACUGAAGUCAAUAUUACUCGUUUCGCGGAGACAGUUCUUCCAAAGCAAAUCAGAGCCGAAUUUGAGCAGGAUUUGGUGGUAAGCAAGCCCAAUUUGGAGUCAUACAUCACCAAAUUGAGGAAGUGGAGAGAUAGAUUGGAGCAAAAAUUGGAUAACCGGUUCAGCGAGGUCAACCUCGAGAAUUUGUGCCCUCAUUUGAGUGAGUUCCAUCAUCAAAAAUUCGAAGAUAUCGAGGUUCCUGGUCAAUAUCUUGCUAACAAAGACAACAAUGAUCACUUCGUGAAGAUCGAGCGCUUCUUGCCCACAAUUGAAUUGAUUCGUGGAACGAAUGCAUGCUACAAGAGGAUCAAAAUCCGCGGCCACAACGGAAGCCUACACAGUUUCACUGUGCAAUUUCCUGCCGCGCGCCAAUGCCGCCGUGAAGAGUGUUUAUUCCAACUCUUCCGUAUAUUCGACGAUAACUUGUCGAAGAAGGUCGAGUCUCGUCGUAGAAACAUCCAUUUCACGCUUCCUAUUGCUAUUCCAUUGUCUCCUCAUAUUCGAAUUGUCAAUGAUGAUUCCCGGGACAUUAGCAUGCAAAAGGUCUACGAGGACUUCUGUUUCAAGAAUGGUAAGAACCGUGAUGAGCCAUUUAUCUACACCAUUGAAAAACUCCGCGCCGCUUAUGAUCCACGCUUGCCUAAGCCAGACAUCAUGAGCAUUAGAGUCGAAAUUUUGAGUGCAAUUCAAUCUCUUUUGGUCCCUUCUACGGUUCUUAAAAACUAUUUCAUGGACCUUUACCCAAGUUUCGAAGACUUCUGGCUAUUCCGCAAGCAGUUCACUGCGCAGUACGCCUCGUUUAUUUUCACAACAUACACCAUGUGCAUUAACACUCGUCAACCACAAAAAAUCUAUGUCAAUCGUGGAUCUGGAAGUGUGUGGACUUCCGAUAUGUUGCCUUGUAAGAUUGCAAGCAAAACUGCUUCACUUGAUGGAUCUAGCGGUGGUAGACCAGCUCCCUUGUUUUACAAUGCAGAAAUGGUUCCAUUCCGCUUGACGCCAAACAUUCAAAAGUUGAUUGGCGAAUCAGGUAUUGAGGGCAUUUUGGCCAUCUACAUUUUGGUCAUUGCUCGUGCAUUGACUGAGCCAAAGUCAGACUUAGACCAGUAUUUGACCAUCUUUGUUCGUGACGAAGUGGUUUCUUGGUGCACACAACAAGACCCACCAAGACCCGUGCCACAAGACAGUCAACUCAGAGAGAUUGUUACCAUCAACGUUGACCUCAUCAUUAAGAGAAUCUUGUCGAUGGCACAUUCCUCUGCUGGAUCUGCUGUUAGCUCGCAGAGUGUAUUGGACCUUAUUGCUCAAGCAGUAAACCCACACAAUCUCGCUGCUGCUGAUACAUUGUGGAUGGCUUACUUCUAA